GCAAGCGCGCAGGCAACAGCCGUUUUAAUUAAAUUGUUGCUACACCACCGGGCACAACAACUGGAUUGAAUGUCAGCUUGAACUUAAUCACAUCCAUGAUUUAAUCAAUAUUUCGGGAUUGUAAGCGUGAGCAGAUGACGGACUCGGAGUAAUUUCAAGAGAGAUCAUCAGCUAUGGGAGAGAGAAGCGGGGGUUAUGGCCUCUCCAGCCACAAGGGCAAAUACUUUGACCUCAAGGUCAAGUUGUUCACCAGUGAAACGUUCCCAGUCAGAGAUAUCUACAAUGAGAUGAAGGUGAGAACACUGAAAGCCAAGAUGGAAUUUGUGACUGGAAUCCCAAGCCAUCUCCAGAGACUGACCUACUUGGAUGGAGCUGACAUGAUGGAUGACAGUGACAUCAAACAUCACGACAUUGUUCCUGGGGCGACCAUUAACCUGGAUGUUUGGUACACAUGGAAGACCCUCAUACAAGCAGCUGCGGAUGGAGACAUCGGCAGGCUACUCAAGCUUGGGGUGAGCAAGGAUAGUGACUACACCACACCCAGCUCUCAGGAGAUGAACGAACGCUCCAAGGCGGCUUGGCUUGCUGAGAGGGCAUUUGUUGCCCUGUGCAUUACAGCACAUAGGGGCCAUGUUGCCAUCGUGCAGAAGCUCAUCGAUGGGGGGGCCAAUGUGCACGACAAGACCCCGAAUGGCCGGACCGCCCUCCACAUCACCGCAGCCCAGGGCAAGAACAAUGCGGUGGAGGUGCUCCUGAAUAACGGCGCCACCAUUGAAGACCCAGACAACGACGGAAAGAACCCACUGGUGCUGGCUGGCCUGUGGGGCCACAAGUCGUGUGAGCGGCAGAUCUUCCUCUUCCAGUGGCAGCAGCGGGCCGCCAAGCAGAAGCCCCUGGCCGACGACGGGCAGCUGAUGGCCCACCAGAUGUAUGACUCUAAGCUCAAGACCUGGCUGACUGGCGAGCAGGCCCAGCUGUACUAUGCCCAGAUCCUACCCCCUGGGGAGUACUCAGGGACCGGGAUAGCGGCCCCAAGGAGGGCUAGAAGACCCAGCUCGGCACCCUCGGAGCGCACGGAGGCGAGCGAGAGAGACCAGAAAAUAAUGGAAGGAAAUAAAGGAACUCAGGUAUCCCUGGGAACUGAGUCAUUACGAGCCUUGAGAUCGACAGAGACGAAGAAGCCAGGCAAAGGACGAUAUUCCAGGUAUUGUGUUAUAUUGUGUAAAUGUAGAUAUGAUUAGG